CUUAUUCCCGCCUCGUCGCCAUCGAUCAGAUCUCGCAACUGAUUCCAAACAUAAUGUCUAUCCAUGCUAACUAGCGUGCUCCAAGCUCGUCAGCUGACUGGCACACCUGGAGGGGGCAUCUGCAAGUGAUUUAUAUACAUACAUUAUACAAUAUUUCGGCGCUUCACCCGGACAUGCAUCAAACAUGACACUGGCUACAAACGACCGCAGCACAGUCCCUGAACAAUACCACUGUACAAUGUUUUUUUUUUCUUUCCUGACAAAUUCAACCAUAAAUACCUAUACAAAUGAUCUACUUUCAGAACGAACAAGCUAGGCUUAGUUACGCCUCCCCGCAUACCUAACUUGCCCCUUGGCAUGCGUCUCCUUGCGACCCUGUCUGUAUUCAACCAAAAUCUCCACUUUCUGUAUUGGCAACUCCGUUGUCGGUCGAUGGCAAAAGUUAUCCAUACCGCCGGAAAGUGUGCCGCGUUUUUCUGCAACCUGCAAAGCAAGGGGGCGAUCGAAAAAAAAAAGUCCUUUUGCUGAUUUCUGCCUAGGAAUGUGAGAAAAAAAAAAGGAGAGAGAGAAUAUUCGUACAUUCUACCCCAUCCGCCCAUUGAAUGUAUCGUCACAUCGGUACCUGGACUAGUAAAUGGAUGGGAGUUUGAUUCCUCUUUUAAUUAUAUUUUAUCGACCCUAGACUGCCUACGUUUAUCGACUUAAUUUAAUUUUUUACGGUUUGAUUGAUGAAAGCCAGAAGUUCUGCUGGUGAACGAGUCAUCAUUGUCCACAAAAUUUUUAUAUAUAUCACCAAAAUCUUGUCUCCUUCUUAUUCACGGGCCCGUCGACGUUGCUUCAAAAAAGCGGCUCAAGUUCCCACUUGGAACUGUUCAGAUGACAGAACCUUCGGUCUCGGCGCCGGCCGUAUCGACCGAUGCCACCAAAGACGAAACGACCGCCGUCCAGCCCCAGAACUCACGGCCAUCAUCACCCGAAGUUGUGGAGGAGAAGGAAUUUAAAGAAGGGGGUUAUGGAUGGGUCAUUGUGCUCGCCGUGCAUCUCCUGAAUGCUCAUACAUGGGGCAUCAAUGCAUCUUACUCGGUGUUUCUGGCCUACUACCUGCGGUCUGGCGCUUUUGAGGGGGCAAGUCCUAUAGCCUAUGCAUUCGUCGGCGGGCUCAGCAUCUCGAUAGCCCUCGUCAUCUCCCCAAUCAGUACCAUCUCAGUGCGCGAAAUUGGAACGCGCAACACGCUCCUGCUCGGCACUGCCAUUGUGACCAUCGCGUUCAUCGGUGCCUCCUUCACCACUCAGAUGUGGCAGCUCGUCCUCUCCCAGGGCAUUGCCUUUGGCCUCGGCAUGGGGUUUAUCUUUGUGGCCUCGGUCGGUGUCGUGCCGCAGUGGUUCGUCAAGCGCCGCUCGCUCGCCAACGGCCUGGGAGCCGGCGGGUCGGGAAUGGGCGGUCUCAUAUACGCGCUCGGGACCAACGCCAUGAUCGAGAACCUGGGUCUGUCCUGGACGUUUCGCAUCCUGGCGCUGAUCGUGCUGGUCGUCAACUGCAUCAGCUCGGUGCUGGUUAAGGACAGGAACAAGGAGCUCGGCACGGUGCAGGUGGCGUUCCACACGGCGCUGUUCCGACGCCCCGAGUUCUACCUCCUCGUGUCGUGGGCCUUCUUCAGCAUCCUGGGCUACAUCAUCGUCGUCUUCUCCCUGUCCGACUACUGCCAGACCGUCGGCUUCACCGCGACGCAGGGCUCCAUCGUCGCGGCCAUGUACAGCAUGUCUCAGGGCGUUGGGCGGCCCAUCAUCGGCCACUUUAGCGACACGUGGGGGAGGAUCAACGUCGCCGCCGUCGGGACCCUCAUAUCCGCCGUCGCCUCCUUUACCCUUUGGAUUUUUGCCGGUCCCUACUUUGGCGGAGUCAUCGUCUUUGCCCUCCUUGGCGUCUUUACUGGAAUCCUCUGGGCCACCAUCGGUCCCGUCUCCGCCGAGGUUGUCGGGUUGGAGAUCUUGCCCUCGGCUCUGUCCAUCAUCUGGCUGGUCCUCGCCGUGCCGGCCACGUUCGCCAUGGCCAUCGGUGUGAGCCUUCGAGUUCCGGGCCCCGGUGGGUAUUUAUAUGUGCAGGUGUUUGUGGGGCUCAUGUAUUUGAUUGCAUUCACGUCAGCGUGGUUCUUGCGAGGCUGGAAGCUGUGGGAGUUGGAGAAUCUGGACCGGAACAAGAGUCGAGGGGCCGGGCUGAUGCGCAACGACGACGCAGCAGUAACCGAAGACGCGGGUGUUGACGCAGCAAUGCAAGGUGGUGAUCAGCAAACGUCCAAGGAGAGGGAAACACUGGCAAAGUACCUAAUGAGGGGGAAAUGGAUUAUUUCUACAAAAGCUGUAUAGGCAUUUGCACCCCCACUGCUAGAGGCAGAAUGCGGAUUCUCAAAACGCCUCUCCAGGAAAGAAUUAGAUGAAUAUUACAGGCG